AUGAUGAUGCUGAUAAUGAUGACAGCUGAUGAGAAUGAUAAUGGCGAUGGUCGCCAGGAAUGCAGAUGGGAGAACAAUUUAAUAACCACUAAAAAUUUGGAUGGUAUGCUGUGCAACGAUUCUUCGGUAGAUGAUAAGAAAUGUGGCAUCAUAUCCAUGUAUCGAUCGGUGACUAUUACACUUCAACUCAGUUGA